AUGGGUGCCCCGCCCACUUCCGGCGGCGCUGGCUACACGCUGGGAGUGGGACGGGCCGGGCUGCGCUCCGCUGCGGGGAGGGGCGGGGCGGUGGGGAAAGGCGGAGCGCGGCACGGCCGGGGGCGGGGCGGCUCCGCGGCGCGGCCCCGUGGAUGCCCGGGCUUGGGAGAGCGCGCGCAGGGCUGUGCGUUGGGCGUGGCGGGCGGGUGUGGCCAGGGGUGUGGGUCUGUGAGGGACCGGCCGGGAGGGCGUCGCGUGGCCUCGGGUGACAUGCGGGGUGCAGCGAGCGCGGGUGUCCGCAAGCCGACGCCGCUCCCGGGGAGAGGCGCCCACCGCACAAAGCCCCGGGCGGGCCGAGGCCCGACUACAGGGACUGCAGCCGCCUUGGCCCUCCCUGCCAGGGGAAGGCCGCGCUCCAGGAAUGGCCUCGCAUCCAAACGCCAGCGAGCAGCGGCCGCCACGGGUCCUGGGCACAGAGCUCUGCCUUCCAGGGACAUUGCUCUUCCCCAGGAGAGAAACCAGAAGCUGGAGGCUGCGGGGACAGGAACUGAACCUAAAGCCAUGUCCCAGGGCUUGGUGACAUUUGGGGAUGUGGCCAUAGAUUUCUCCCAAGAGGAGUGGGAGUGGCUGAGUCCCGUUCAGAGGAACCUGUACAGGAAAGUGAUGUUGGAGAACUACAGGAACCUGGCAUUGCUGGGACUUUGUGUUUCUAAGCCCGAUGUGAUCUCCUUGUUGGAACAAGGAAAAGAGCCUUGGACAGUGAAGAGAAAGCUGACAAGAGCCGGGUGCCCAGAUUUGAAGGGCGUGCAGAAGAUCAGGGAGUUACCUCUCAAGAGGGACUUCUGUGAAGGAAAGCUACCCCAGGCAGUGAUGACAGAGAGGUUCACAAGCUAUAGUCUGGAGUAUUCUCUAUUAGGGGAGCACUGGGAUUGUGAUGCUCUGUUUGAGACACAGCCGGGGUUGGUGACUAUGAAAAAUCUGGCUAUUGACUUUCCCCAGCAGCUACACCCAGCUCAGAAGAAUUCCUGUAAGAAUGGGUUAUGGGAGAACUAUAGUGACGUGGGAUCGGCAGGACAUUGCAUGGCGAAGCCAGAUUUAGUGUCUUUACUAGAGCAAGAGAAGGAGACCUGGGUGGUGAAACGAGAGCCGACAGGAAGCCUGUUCUCAGGUGAGUGCAACAGAGCCUGGUGUGGAACCACCGCAAGACAGAGCACAGCUUUUAAUAAAAAGGUUGCAUCCUCACUAAUACACAGUAGGAAACUUUUAGGCUCUCUGGGUCUGGAGAGAAAAUGA